AAAAAAAAAAAAUCAUUUAUCCAAAGAUUCAAUUUUUUCUCUCCUCUCUCACGGCGAUUUGCCGAUUUCUGAUUUCGUUUCCUUCUGUGUAAAUCUAGAGCGUAGUCCUCCGAUUGAAGAGGUGAUUCAAGCUGGUGUUGUGCCUCGGUUUGUGGAUUAUCCACAGCUUCAGUUUGAGGCUGCUUGGGCAUACAAACCUUGCUUCUGGGACUUAAGAGAAUACAAAGGUGGUCAUUGAACAUGGUGCUGUUCCGAUUUUUGUUAACUGUUGGCUUCUCAGAGUGAUGAUGUUCGUGAGCAGGUUUUCAGAAAUACAAUGUUUGGACCAGAAGGACGUCCUCAUCAUUCUUGUGCAUGGCUCAGUGUGGCUAGUAGUUUCCCGGAAUGUGCUUCACUAAUAAUUCUUAAGGAGGAAAGUGAAGAUGAGCACAUGGCAUAUGGUCGGCAAUGUUUUUGUGGUGAGAAGCCACUUGUUUUUACUUUCUAUGGUCUUUGUCUUAUUGGUGCAAUGUAUUGGUCAGAAACCACUUGUUUUGUUUUAGUAGCACAAUGUAUUGUCGAUAAUGUAUUAUUGGUACAAUUCUCUUAUAUAUAUAUGUCUUUGUCUUCUCAUAUUGAAAUCCAUUCGAAACGAUUCUUCCUCUUCUCAUAUUUUUCAUUACAAUUCUUCUCAAAUACGUCAUGAACAAACACAUCGACAAUUGAAAGAAGAUUUGAUUGAACAUAUUUGGCAAAAAUGGGGCCAAGUGUAUUUUGUCAAUAAAAGUUGAACAGAUGGAGCAUAAGAAGAUUGGUGCAGAGUUUCAAGAUUCGUGCGAUGAUCAACAGAAAUGGGUUCUUGAUUCUUCUCUCGAUAGCAGAGGACGUGUUCCUCUUCGGGCUCGAACUGGCGCUUGGAAGGCUGCACUCUUUAUCAUAGCAAUCGAGUUCAGCGAGAGAUUGAGUUACUUCGGGUUAGCGACAAACUUGGUUGUCUACCUAACAACAAUUCUCCACCAAGAUCUCAAGAUGGCUAUAAGAAAUGUGAACUACUGGUCGGGUGUCACUACUUUGAUGCCUCUUCUUGGAGGCUUUAUAGCCGAUGCUUAUCUCGGUCGUUACUCCACUGUCUUGGUUGCAACCACCAUUUAUCUUAUGGGUUUGGUCCUUUUAACAAUGUCCUGGUUUAUACCAGGCUUGAAACCUUGUCAUGAAGAUGUGUGCAAUGAACCUAGGAAAGCACACGAAAUAGCCUUCUUCAUUGCCAUUUACUUGAUCUCCAUAGGGACUGGAGGUCAUAAACCUUCCCUUGAGAGCUUUGGUGCUGACCAAUUCGAUGAUGAUCAUAUUGAAGAAAGAAAGAUGAAGAUGUCUUUUUUUAACUGGUGGAACGUUAGUCUAUGUGCUGGUAUUCUAACGGCCGUGACUGCUGUUGUCUAUAUCGAAGACCGGGUUGGUUGGGGUGUUGCUGGCAUCAUACUCACUGUAGUCAUGGCUAUAUCACUUGUCAUCUUCCUCAUUGGAAAACCAUUCUAUCGUUAUCGGACUCCUUCGGGUAGUCCUUUGACUCCAAUCUUGCAAGUCUUUGUUGCGGCCAUUGCCAAAAGAAAUCUACCUUACCCUUCUGAUCCUUCUCUGCUUCAUGAAGUUUCCAAAGCAGAGUUUACUAGUGGCCGGCUUCUCUGUCACACACAGCAUCUUAAAUUUCUUGACAAGGCCGCAAUUAUUGAAGACAGCAGUCCUCUGGCCCUCGAGAAACACAGUCCAUGGAGACUCGUAACAUUGACAAAAGUCGAGGAAACAAAGCUGAUCAUCAACGUGAUUCCCAUAUGGCUCUCCACGUUGGCCUUUGGCAUCUGUGCAACACAAGGUUCGACCUUCUUCAUCAAACAAGCAAUGACUAUGGACAGACACAUCGCUGGCUUCAAACUUCCUCCAGCUGCCAUGUUUACACUCACCGCCCUCACAUUGAUAAUCUCACUCACUCUCUAUGAGAAAAUCCUCGUUCCCAUACUAAGAAGCAUCACACAGAAUCAAAGAGGCAUCAACAUUCUCCAAAGAAUCGGGAUAGGUAUGGUAUUCUCCCUCAUCACCAUGAUCAUUGCAGCUCUAGUUGAGAAACAACGAUUGGACAGUACCAACAACAACAACAAACCUAUGAGUGUGACAUGGCUAGCUCCUCAAUUCAUGGUCAUUGGCUUUGCGGACGCUUUUACACUCGUUGGACUCCAAGAGUACUUUUACCACCAAGUACCUGACUCCAUGAGAAGCUUAGGUAUAGCGCUUUACCUAAGCGUGAUAGGCGUGGCUAGCUUCCUUAACAAUCUCCUGAUCACAGCUAUUGAUACUCUCGCGGAGGAUUUCUCGGGGAAGAGUUGGUUCGGAAAGGACCUGAACAGUAGCCGCUUGGACCGAUUCUACUGGUUUCUUGCUGGUGUUAUCUCUGCCAAUAUAUGUGUAUUUGUGAUUGUGGCAAAGAGAUGUCCUUUCAAAAGUGUGCAGCCAAGCCAAGGCUCUGCUGAUUCGUCCAUGUCCGUCGCCUAAAUAAACAAGACAUGCAAUGCAAAGUAUAUGUCGUUAAGUUUACUUUAAAACAAUAACAAAAAAAAACAUGAACCAAUAGAUUUUUUCUUUGGUUAAUAGAUAAAUUUAAGUUGAAGAUUUAAAUUAUGAUAUGAAAAUGAACCAAUAGAUUUUGAUCAA